AUGGGUGGAGCAGGCUGGUUGUUCCUUUUCGCAGUCCUCAUGGCUGCCGGACUGUUGUUUUGCAUGGUGUUUUUCAUCAUCAUGUUCUCGGACCUGGAAUGCGACUACAUAAAUCCUAUAGAUCUUUGCAACAAGCUUAAUCAAUUCGUCCUUCCUGAAAACAUCGCUCAUGCAUUCUUGACUGUGCUUUUCCUGCUCUCUGGACAAUGGACCGCGUUCCUCUUGAACUUGCCGUUGGUGGUCUUCAAUGGAAACAAGAUACGAAACAAAAAUCACAUGUACGAUGCCACAGAGAUAUUCAGGUCUCUUCCAGGACACAAAAAAGAGAGCUUCAUCAAGCUUGGGUUCUAUCUGUUAUCGUUCUUUUACUACCUCUACCGAAUGAUCGUAGCACUCAUUGCAGAGAGCGAGUGAGACAUGGGCAAGUGGGAACGAAUAGGUGUAAAGCUGCCAUCUACGAAAUGACUUAUAAUCAAUGGAAUUUUCACGUACAUACGCGAUGAAAGCCGGUGGAUGCCCU